UAAAUGCAGAUGUGUCGUAUACGGCGACGUUAGUCGGUGAGCAGGGCUCGACCGGACCACCCGAGCAUGGCCCCGAUGUGGCGACGUCUUUCACACGCGUCUCUUUGUAAUAACAGAGUUAUUAAGCCAGUUUAAAUUAUCGCAGUCUAUGCGACCGGUCAAAGCGCUGUGAAUUUAAAUAAACUGUAACACGAUAUACUAUAAGCUAAUGCAAAAUUCAUUACGAUUCUAUUUGUGGCUCAUAAGAUGAAUUAAGAAAUGAAGUGAACAAAGGAAUAUAAUUGAAGAAGUGGUAACUGCUAACAAAGUGAUGUAGCGUCAGACAUCAUGGAUCAAUGGGUGACAGCUGCGAGCUCGCUAUUGGCGUUCCUUCUCUACUACAAUACGCUUGACGCGGGAUUUGUUUACGAUGACAGGCGAGCGAUACUCUCGAAUCCCGAUGUCAUCGGACAUACACCGAUUAAGGCGUUAUUUGAAAAUGACUUUUGGGGAACACCACUCACUGAUCCUGGAUCCCACGGCUCGUACAGACCACUGUGCGUCGCGACAUAUCGUCUCAAUUACGCAUUUAGUGGAUUCAAGCCCUGGAGUUACCAUCUCCUCAAUGUCUUCUUCCAUUCGACGGCCACUGCACUUGUCGUGAUAACAGCGAAGCGGCUUUUACCCACAUAUUGCAUGAAAGUUGGAACCGUGGUUACCGGUUUGUCCUUCGCCUCACAUCCAAUCCACACAGAAGCCGUCGCCGGAGUUGUGGGCAGAGCAGACCUGGCCGCAUGCAACUUUUUUCUACUGAGCUUCCUGCUAUACACGGAACAUUUGAGAAUCAGAAAUAGGAGCCAUCGUCGACAUUGUAGGGACAGUUACAAACAAAUUCUCACGCGUCAUCUGGACGCUGAAGAUCAAAACUUUCGCCUUAGCUGUCAUGGACUCGUUCAACAAUUAUUGAUGAGUGUUAGAAGAUUGUUGAAGGCUGGUAAAUCUGGGCCCUUGAAAGUGUUUAAUGUGUGUGAAGUUAGCGUGGGGCCCGUGCAACUCAAUAAGUGUCAUUGUAACAGGUGUGCAAGUGAAGAUACAGGUGAAUUCUUACAAUGGUGCACUCUAGUGGGGACACUUUUGUUCGCGACAGCAGCGACUUUGUGCAAGGAGCCAGCUAUUAUGGUGGUGCCUCUUUGCAUAAUAUACGACUUCUUGAGAGAUAUUCGACAGGACGAGCCGUUUUCAAAGUAUCGGUGGCGGAGCAUCUGCGCUCUUAGCACAGGUGGGCUCACACUAUUAUACUGGAGAUUGCGUAUCGCCGGAGCUCCCUCGGGAUUCGCCGCGGCCGACAACCCGACCGCCCGUGACCUAUCCUUUUUUACGAGAUUUUAUACCUUCACAUACCUUCCCGUCUUUAAUUUUUUUCUCCUUUUAUACCCCUUUCAUCUAAGCUUCGAUUGGUCUAUGGAUGCGAUACCGAAAAUAACGUCAAUAUUCGACGCGAGAAAUAUAUCCUCUCUCAUUGUCUACGCGGCGAUAUCGAAAGUUUCCUGGAAAGUUCUCACUAGCGAAAUAAAGAGGCAACAAGAAAAGAAAGAGAGGUUUUAUAAGAAACAAAAGACUAAGCAAAAAUGGAAUAACAAUUGCAAGCACUUUAGCAGGCGACAAUAUUGUAGCGAAAGAAAGAGCAAUAUGCCGCAAAAAGAGAAUGCCUCUUCGAAAAGAUCGUUAUGUCCGUGCAACGGAUGUAAGCACUCUCUCACGGAGGAGCACACAACCAUAUGUCGGACAGUCAAUAACAAUAAUAUUAUGAUGCACAACUCCUGUGUGUGUCCGACGGGUUUCGGCAAGGCAAAGUCGCAGAGUCCACAUAAACACACGUACCGCAGUCCUCAAAUUGCAAUGCUGUUAUUCACGGCAUUUAUGGUGCUCCCGUUUGUGCCAGCCAGUAAUAUUCUUUUCUACGUUGGAUUCGUAGUGGCAGAGCGUGUUUUGUACAUUCCCAGUGUUGGUUUUUGCUUAUUGCUCGGGCUGGGUGCGGGAGCUUUGACAAGAACUUGGCGUCGUAAUGAAUUGCGCAGCCGUAUUUUUAUGUUCACUUUGUUAGUGACUUUAUGCGCCAUGUGUGGUGCUACGCUUCGGAGGAAUUUAGACUGGCGUGACGAGGAAAGUUUAUUUCGAAGCGCUUUACACAUCAAUCCGCCGAAAGCGUACGGAAAUCUUGGCAGCGUUUUGUCUACACAAGGGAGAGUCGUGGAGGCCGAAGCAGCGUUCGAGAGAGCUUUAAAAUACAGACCAAACAUGGCCGAUGUACAUUAUAACUUAGGCAUUUUACACCAAAACCAGAGGCGAUACUCCGAGGCUAUCAAAAGUUUCGAAAAGGCAAUUUAUUUUCGACCAUCCAUGGCUUUGGCCUAUGUAAAUCUUGGCACAUCUUUGAUGGCUGACGGGAGAUUAGCUGAGGCGACUAGCGCACUGCGGGCGGGCGCGCGCGCCGAUGGAAUUCGCGUGCGUGAUCGCAGAGAACAUGACGCAGCACGCGUUUCAGCAUUAGUUCAGCUCGCUGCUCUGCACUCGCGAAGAGGGCAUUGGCACAAAGCCUUAUCAUCAUACAAGGAAGCGCUACAGAUACUUCCUGUGACGAACUCACCAAUUGUGGGUUGGACCCGACACAAUGUCCUAACAAUGGCGGGGGAUAUUUAUAUACAAUUGCAACAAUGGGCCCUGGCUGAACACAGCGUUUUAUCAGCGUUAGCUCUCGCACCUGGUCACGCGGCCACUUAUUUAAGCCUAGCUCAGAUUGUAGCUAGAAAUACAAGUAGAAACAUGGAAGCGGAAACGUGGUUUAAGAAGGCAAUUACUUUAGCCCCUGAUGACCCGGCGGUUCGAGAUCAAUUUGGAAUGUUUCUAAGAUCACAACGUCGAUUACGUGAAUCGGCUGAACAGUUUGUAACAGCAGCGCGUUUAUCGCCGGCCGAUAGCGUGCGAGCGGCUUCGGCUGCGCGUGCGCUACGGGACGCAAGAAAAUGUCGUUCCGCUGAGCGCUGGUACGCGAGGGCAGUAGAGUUAAAUCCUAACGAAGCUGAGCACCACUCGAAUCUUGGCGCUAUUCUGCACCUGAACGGGAAGUAUGUAGCGGCUGCCUCUUCAUACAGGCGCGCGUUGCAGUUGCAACCUAACGACCAAGUUACUAUCACAAAUCUCAAGCGGGUGAGAACAUUAAUGAGCAAUCAACGGAAGAAGUAGUCAAUUGCCAAAUGUUGUUUUUUGAUCGUGUUUUAAUUACAUGUAUAACAUUUAUUUCAUAUAGUCGGGGAGCCCGGGUUUUUAUGAUAAGAUAUAUAGUCGUUAUAUGAGUAUUACAGUAUAAUUAAACUGUAAAUUACGUAAAAAAUUAUCAAAAUAAUUAUUAAGCUAUUCAUGAGUUCAAAAAUGUUGAUUUAUACAUUUGUUUCAAAAUUAUACAAAUACUUAACUUACGACAGGUUUUGUUUAGUAUCCUUAUAAACUUAAUUCUUAUAAAAUUUAUAAUUAAACCAAAAGCUGUUUUUAAAAACACAUGUUACCUUCGCCGUUGUGACAGCAGAUAAUGGGUGCCAUACGAAAAUAUCAAGAAGUAUUCCUAAUAGCGAUUAUUUUAUAUAUGAUUUGGUUACAUAA